AUUGAUAGAUGGAUGGAUGGAUGGAUGAAUGGAUAAAUAGAUAGAUAGAUAGAUAAAUAGAUUGAUAGAUAAAUAGAUAGAUAGAUAGAGAGAGAGAGAGAGAGAAUCUAAUAAAAAAAAUCAGUGAAGUGAUUUAGUGAAUUCAAGAUUUCGUGGCCGGCGGGCAGGUCCGAAGUAGUCAGUAGUUCGGACUACUUGAAAUGACGGUUACCACUAAUUUCUCGAUGAUGCGACCCUGUUUCACUGGAUACCCAUUUCAAGAUUUAGGAUCAAUACCAGGACAGGGCCGUGUUAAUCAAUUAGGAGGAGUAUUUAUAAACGGUCGGCCAUUACCCAAUCAUAUUCGAUUAAAGAUUGUUGAAAUGGCUGGUGCUGGUAUAAGACCGUGCGUUAUAUCCAGACAGCUGCGUGUUUCGCAUGGAUGCGUUUCGAAGAUUUUAAAUCGAUAUCAGGAAACCGGAAGUAUAAGGCCAGGAGUUAUUGGCGGUAGUAAGCCAAGAGUUGCUACGCCGGAAGUCGAAGCAAGAAUAGAAGAGUACAGACGCGACAACCCUGGUAUAUUUUCAUGGGAGAUAAGAGAUCGAUUGAUUAAGGAAGGAAUUUGCGACAGGACUAGUGCACCAAGUGUAUCAGCAAUAUCCAGGCUUCUUCGCGGACGUGAUCCUGAGGAAGAUACCAAAAUCGGUGAAUUUAAAGCCAGUUCAGGUUCUGAUUGUGAGAGCGAGCCAGGUAUUCCAUUGAAAAGAAAGCAACGACGUAGUCGAACGACUUUUACCGCACAUCAAUUGGACGAAUUAGAACGUGCAUUUGAGAGAACCCAAUAUCCUGAUAUAUAUACGAGAGAAGAAUUAGCACAGAGGACAAAGUUGACGGAGGCAAGGAUCCAAGUUUGGUUUAGCAAUAGACGAGCCAGAUUAAGAAAACAACUGUCUUCUAGUACGUCCGGAGGAUACGUAGGAACCGUCGCUUAUCCUACUGCUUCUUAUGUUCUUCAUCCACCUGCGGCACCGCAUCCACAUGGUGGCGCCGCUGCUGUACCACCGAGUCAUCCUCAUCCACAUCCACAUGGACAGACUCUUCCGGAUGCUGCCUUUUCUUCGAGUCAGGUUCCAGAGAUCUAUUCGUCUCAUCAUGGGAACGGUAUGUCCCAUCAGUUGACGGGUGAUUCAACGAGAUUACCAUCUUCAACGCCAGGUUAUAGUCUUCCAACGUCGGUGACUUAUCCAAGUACAUUGCUUCCACCUACUUCAUCUAGUACGACGGUUCAUAUGAGUCAUCAAGUAUCACCAGUAGUACCACCAGCUACAUCAGCGUAUCAACAACCGGCAACCGGUCAUCAGUUACCACCUACACCAAAUUCAUUGGUAUCCAUGAUGGGACCUAAUUCGGGAAAUUCAGCUAAUUCUACGUCCGAUCAAAUAUCUUCUACAGAUUUACCAUUGACAUCAGCUUCUCCUGUUCAACACCAACAGACAAAUCAAGGAAAUGCUUCACCGUCAUCUUGGAACUUACCUAUAUCGACCUCAUCGAGAGUUGGUUUAUCAAGUCCUCCAAGUACCCUACAACAACCGCAUGCUCAUGGCGCUCAUCCUCAUCAAGCUUUUGCCAGUCAUUACACAGCUCAAACUUUCCAACAGCCACCUAGGCCAGCUCCUCAUCAACCUUUUUACAGUUGGUAUUAAAAACCGGAAGUUAAAACCGAUAAAGAAAUUUUCUAUCAUAUCUCUCACUUCUCCUUGUCUCCAUUUCUCUCUCUCUCUCUCUCUCUCUCUCUCUCUCCCUCUCUCUUACUCUUUCUCUCUCUUUCUCUCCCACUCAUUCUUAUUGUCAAUGAUUAAAUGUAGGCGUUUGAAAAUCUAUGACGAGGGAACAUAAGAGCAAUUCUCUUCGACAAUGCAAAUGAAAUUAUUAUUAUUAUUAUGAUUAAUAUUAUAUUAUUAUUUUCUAAGCAAACGUGUGGUGAG